UCCUCUGCAAGAGUAGUAGGUUCUUUUAACCAUUGGGCCAUCUCUCCAGCCUGUGCGGGGCAUUUUCUUGAUUCAUGAUUGAUCUGGGAGGACCCAUCCCACCGUGAGUGGUGCCAGACCUGGGCAGCUGGUCUUGGAUGGUAUGAGAAAACAGGCUGAGCAAGGUCAGAGGAGCAGGUUUUAUAUAUGAAAGUGUAUGGAAAUCCAAAAUACUACCAAGCCCUUCAUUAUGGAACAGUGAUGCCACCUGAUGAGGUAACAGUUCACUACAGACAUGGUCUUCCCUUGGUGACCCUCACCCUGCCAUCCAGAAAAGAGCGCUGUCAGUUUGUGGUCAAGCCAAUGCUGUCGACAGUGGGCUCCUUCCUUCAGGACUUACAAAACGAAGACAAGGGUAUCAAGACUGCGGCCGUCACCACAGCAGAUGGCAGCGAGAUUCCAGCUUCAACGUUGAUGGACACUUUGCUAAUGAAAGAUUUUAAACUCGUCAUUAACAAACUAGCAUACGAUGUCCAGUGUCACAAGAAAGAAAAACCAAGUGAAGUGCACAUGAUUGAGAUGGAAAACAUGAAAUCCUUGGUUCACAGACUAUUUACGGUUCUGCAUUUAGAAGAAUUCCAGAAGAAAAGAGAGCGCCAUCUGAUGGCAAAGAUUGACCACCUGAAGGAACAGCUGCAGCCCUUGGAGCAGGUCAAGGCUAGAAUAGAAGCUCAGUCAGAAGCCAAGACCAGCGGACUCCUAUGGGCGGGCUUAGCUCUGCUCUCCGUGCAGGGAGGGGCACUGGCCUGGCUUACUUGGUGGGUGUACUCCUGGGACAUCAUGGAACCAGUCACGUUCUUCCUGACGUUUGCAAACUCCAUGGUCUUUUUUGCAUACUUCAUCAUAACGCGGCAGAACUACACUUACGCAUCUGUGCGGAGCAGGCAAUUCCUUCAGUUCUUCCACAGGAAAUCGCAGGGACAGCGCUUUGAUGUGGAACUAUACAACAAGUUAAAGGAGGACCUGGCUGAGGCUACAGAAUCCCUGGAGAACGUGCGCCACUCCCUCCAUUUCCGAAUGCCAGGAGAGGAACUCCGCGAGAAGACUUAGUCUUAUGUUUUUAAACAGCCCAGGGCUAUUGUG